CCUGCUCUGUGCAAGGUGCCUGCCUGUGCUCUCAGGGCAAAGAUCCCAAAGACACAGAGCCCAGAUCCUCCACUAAUCCUCUCCAUCAUCCCCUUCCCCUGCUGGGCUUUUCCUUCUCAGCAGUUUCUCCCAGUUGUUCCCUAUUCCUUGCUCACAGGGGGCACAGGGGCUGGGUGUGGCAGGCUCCUGAGUGCCCGUGGGUGCAGGGAGCAGCUUUGGGGCGCUCUGCAGGAGCCCCGAGCGCGUUUCCGCCCUGCUGACAUGGCCACGCUCUGAUAAGGGCUGUGGUUUCCUCCUCUGAGCAGGGGGGAGGCUGCAGCUCCAGGCAGAGCUCAGCUCCCCCCGAGAUGGAUCCUGCUGCUGAGAGCCCCCCAGGGACCCUCCCCGGGGAGGAGAGCCCCGAGAUGGAUCUGUCGCACCGGUUCUCCAGGGAGGAGCUGGCCCUGCUCUACGAGGAGGUUCUGUACACCAUCCUGCACCGCCUGGGCAAGCCCGAGCCGCAGCACGUCGGGGACUGCCAGGAGCUCUAUCGCUACGUGCAGAAGGCUUUUGGCAUGGACCCGGAGGAGCACAGUGCCAUCAUGCAGCAGGUCAUGGAGCUGGAGAGCCCCAUCUACUGCCUGAAAGCCACUGUGAAGGAAGCCAAGGGGAUUUUGGGUAAAGAUGUCAGUGGGCUCAGUGACCCCUACUGCCUGCUGGGCAUCGAGGCCAGGAGCCAGGAGCCAGCCCACCCCGAGCACAGGAAGAGGAUCAAGGCUGUGGUCAAGGACCUCAUCCCUGAAGACCAAAUCCACCGCACCCAAGUGAUGAACCAGACCCUGAGCCCCGUGUGGAACGAGACCUUCAUCCUGGAGUUUAAAGACGUGGAGACAGCCAGUUUCCACCUGGAAAUGUGGGACUCGGACGUGGUGGAGUCGAUGCGGCACAAGCUGGGGGAGCUGUCGGACCUGCACGGCCUCAAAAGGAUCUUUAAGGACGCUCGCAAAGACAAAGGGCAGGAUGAUUUCCUGGGGAAUGUGGUCGUUCGCCUCAAGGACCUGCACUGCUGGAAUGACCAGUGGUACCAGCUGGAGCCACGGACAGAGACGUACCCUGAGCGGGGACACUGCCACCUGCAGUUCCUGCUGACCCACAAGAAGAGGGCCACCACGAGCAGCCGGACACAGCCCAGCUACACCGUCCAUCGCCACCUCCUGCAGCAGCUGGUGUCCCACGAGAUCCUCCAGCACCAGGCUGGCAGCACCUCCUGGGACGGGGAGCUGAGCAGCCAUGCCAGCACUGUGCUGUACCUGCACGCCACACAGAAGGACCUGUCUGACUUCCACCAGGACAUGGCGCAGUGGCUGGCCUACAGCAAGCUCUACCAGAGCCUGGAGUUCAACAGCAGCUGCCUCCUGCACCAGAUCACCAGCAUCGAGUACCGCUGGGUGCAGGAGCGCCUGAGGCCGGAGCAGAAAGCAGAGCUGGCCGAGUCCUUCCAGUCCCUGCUGACCUACGGGGUCUCCCUCAUCCGUAGGUUCCGCAUCAUCUUCCCCCUGUCUGUCCCCAGGUCCAGGGACAGGCUCCAGUCCCUGCUGCGGGUCCUUGUCCAGAUGUGCAAAACCAAAGCUUUCCAUGAGCUGUGCACACCCAGCCCUGACCUGCCCCAGAUGGUCUCCACAGCUCUGAAGUCAGGCACAGCAGAGUGGUUUCACAUGCAGAAGCAGCACCUCAAGCCCAUGGUGAAGAGCAUAGAGGAGAAUAGCAAAGCCUUGUCCAAGCUCCUCCUGGAGGUGAUAGAAGAUCUCAAGCAGUGCCAAAAGAUCUGGAAUAAACUGUUCAUCACCAACCUGAAGUUGAAUAUCUUCUCCAUUGCCUACCUGGAGCUGGAGAGCCUGGUGGCAGAGCACGUGCAGGAGCAGCUGCACAGGGUGGACAGCAGCAUGUCCAAGCCCACGGCCGAGAGCCUCUUUGAUCUCUACAGGAAGCUGCAGGAGCUCUGCCAGAUGAAGGAGUUCCUCCCCAGCAGGGAUGGACCUCUGGCUCUGAGCAAUUUCCACCAGUGGUUCGAGGAAGCAUUGCCCCUGUGGCUGCAGAAGGCCUACAGCACCACCCUGGAGAGAGCUCACAGAGCCAUCCAGAUGGACCAGCUGAAGCCUUAUGGGUAUCACAAGCACAGCACAUCCACUGUGGACCUGUCCACCUGCUACGCCCAGAUCGUGACAACCUGGCAGCAGCUGAACUGGCCAGACCCUGAGAAAGCCUUCAUGAUCAUGGUCAAUCUGCUGGAGGACAUGUGCAAGAUCUCCCUGAUGUACUGCAAGCUCAUCAAGGAGAGGGCUGAGGCUCUGUCACUGAGUGAGCAGAACGAGGGCGAGGCAGCCAACAAGCUCUGCAUCGUGGUGAACAACAUCGAGCAGCUCCGGCUGCUGAUGCUGAAGCUGCCGGUGCAGCUGGACUGGACCCAGCUGGAGCAGCACAUGAGGGGCAUCAUCGACCCCCAGCAGAUCCAGAAUGCUCUGCACAACCAGCUGGACAGCACCGUGGCCUGCCUGGACCACGAGGUCCGGGACGUGGUGCAAGCCCUGGCCACCAAGCUGGAAAAGGGCAUUGCCAGGCACAUCCAGGAGCUCUCAUCCUGCAGUGACACCCAGAAGCCUGAGGAUUCCAUCAUCCCACUCAUGAAGUUCCUGGAGUCAGAGCUGCAGUACCUCAACGAGCAUCUGGUCCAGGAGAACUUCAAAAGCCUCCUCACCCUCCUGUGGCACCACACCCUGUCUGUGCUCUCGGCAGCCCAGGGCCCGCAGGUGCCCUCGGUCCAGCACUGCCAGAGGCUGUUCUGUGCCCUGAAGAGCCUGGAGCGGUGCUUCCACGCCGAGGGCUGUGGGCUGCCCCUGGAGACCAUCAACAGUGCAGCCUUCCAGACGCUGGAGACUCACCUGGCUCUCUGCUCCGCCCCAAGCCGCAAACUCAUCCAGAAAUACUUCAGCAACAGGAUCCAGCAGCAGCUGGACACCAGCUCAGAGAAGUACGGGGCUGUGACCAUCAAGGCUCUGUACCGGCCCUCGGAGCAGAAGCUCCGUGUGGAAGUGCUCAACGCCACCAACCUCAUCCCGCUGGACUCCAACGGCUCCAGCGACCCCUUCGUGCAGCUCACCCUGGAGCCCCGGCACGAGUUCCCCGAGGUGGUGGCCCGGACCACCCAGUGCAAGAAGAACGAGCUGCACCCCCUGUUCGACGAAGCCUUCGACUUCCUGAUCCCCGCCGAGAAGUGCCGGCAGGAGGGCGCCUGCCUGCUGCUCACCGUGUUUGACUACGAUGUGCUGGGAGCCAACGACCUGGAGGGCGAAGCCUUCCUGCCCCUGUGCCGCCUGCCCGGCCUGGAGCCCGAGCAGGACGGGGCUGACCCGGGCCGGGUGCCGCAGACCCGGCUGCCCCUGACCCACCCCAAACCCACCGAUGAGAUCCUGCGGCUGCUGGAGUCCAGGAAAAGGGAUAAAGAAGCUCAGGCCUUCGUUAAGCUCCGCAAGCAACGAGCCAAGCAGUCCAAGGAGACGGAGUGAGGG